GCAUCCACACCUGAAAAACCAACUACUCCUUCCACUCAAAUCAAACCAAAACCAACCGACAUCAUGGUCAGCUCCUGCUGUGGCUCUGCCUCCUCUGGCUGUUGCCAGCCUAGCUGCUGCCAGUCCAGCUGCUGCCAGCCCAGCUGCUGCCAGCCUUGCUGUUGCCAAUCCAGCUGCUGCCAGCCCUGCUGUAGCCAGUCCUGCUGCUGCCAGCCCUGCUGUCCACCCAGGUGCUGCCUGCCAGUCUCCUGCCAAACCACCGUGUGCCGCCCAGUGAGCUGUGUGCCCAGGUGCAGCCGCCCCAUCUGUGACACCUGUUGCCCCCGUCGCUGCUGUCCCCCCUGCUGUGGACAGGAUGGCUGCUGCUGCCCCAUCUCCUGCUGCCCCACCUCCUGCACAGCUGUGGUCUGUAGACCUUGCUGCUGGGCUUCCACCUGCUGCCAGCCCAUUUCUGUGCAAUCUCCUUGCUGCAGACCUCCUUGCUGCCAGCCAGCCCCCUGCCGCACCACCUGCCACACCUGCCCCACCUGCUGCUCCUCCUGCUGUACUCUUUACACUCUUAAAAUUUAUCAAGAACCAACCAACAUCAUGGUCAACUCCUGCUGUGGCUCUGUCUCCUCUGGCUGUUGCCAGCCCAGCUGCUGCCAGUCCAGCUGCUGCCAGCCCUGCUGUGGUCAGUCUUGCUGUGGCCAGUCCAGCUGCUGCCAGCCCUGCUGCCCACCCAGAUGCUGCCUGCCAGUCUCCUGCCAAACCACCGUGUGCCGCCCAGUGAGUUGUGUGCCCCGGUGCAGCCGCCCCAUCUGUGACACCUGUUGCCCCCGUCGCUGCUGCCCCCCUUGCUGUGAACAGGAUGGAUGCUGUUGCCCCAUCUCCUGCUGCCCCACCUCCUGCACAGCUGUGGUCUGUAGACCCUGCUGCUGGGCUUCCACCUGCUGCCAACCCAUUUCUGUGCAGUCUCCUUGCUGCAGACCUCCUUGCUGUCAGCCAGCCCCUUGCCGCACCACCUGCCACACCUGCCCCACCUGUUGUUCUUCUUGCUGCUAAGCAGCUCUGCUAAGAUCUAAUAACUAAGAACCAGGACUACUCGUCCAUUCAGCCCAUUUAUGUCUUUGGAAGCU